GCUCGGUAUCUGAAAAAGUAUGUGCUGGCCAUGUUCAGAGAGUCUCAAGAAGAGAAGAGGAACGCUCUUUCCCCCGUUGUUGUCCGCACUGCGCCAUGGGACAUCAUGGAACGCCUGGGUGACCUAGAACCCUUAGUGGAUGCGCUCCCCAAUGCGGAUGCUGCACAGCUGCGCAGCUGUUCCAGGUCCCUCAGAGCGUUGGGGCGACAACCGCAGACGGGGCGGGUCCAGUGCCACGCAGUGCACUGCCGGAAGUCACAGCUUCAGCCUCUACUGGAAGGUGGUCAGAUCUGGUGGGAAAGGCUGGUGACGCUGGAUUUGGCCAACACUUUGCAGCUCGGAAGCUCUGGGUUGCGAGACGGUCUCUGUCGAUCUUGGGCCGAAGAAGAUGCCAUCUGGAUUGAAGCUGAUGAUCUGACUGGAAUGCUGACGCAGAUCUUUCAAGACUUAAAGGUGCUGCGACGUUUGUCCAUUGCCAUCAGCUUUGAAGAUCACCGGCAAGGGAAGCUGAGUGCUCCCAACUGCCUCCAGGAGGUGGGCAGCCUGAAGACCUUGCGUGAAGUCUAUGUAGCCACUGAUCAUCUCUGUUUGGAGGUGGCACUGUUGGGAGCACUCGCUCAGUUAGGAGCUUUGCAGAAGCUGUGGCUACAUUUGGGAUCCAUGCAAUACAACGAAGCCGUGUCUGCUGCCCUGGUGGCGAGACUACCCAGCGACCUUGAGGUGCUGAGCAUCUGGGGCACCACACGGCUGUUGCGCGAUGUGUUGAGUGCACUGGGUCCCAAGGGCAAAAAGCGCAUGCCGAAGCUCAAGGAGUUGGACCUGUCCAUGCACGCUCCAGGGGAGAUCCCCAGCGACCACGUGUGGGCGGUCUUACGAAGCGGUGCACCAGGACUGCGAGCGUUCUGCCUCUGCGGAGCCCUGGCUUGGUAUCCGGCCGUCUCCGACGCGUGGUUUCUGCAGCUGAUUUCAGCGGUGCAAAGUGGCCACGGAAGAUGCUUGAAGCUGUUGGAUUUGAGGAGGAACAAGUUACGUGCGGACGUGGCGGAUCGACUUCAAGAGAAGAUGUGGAAGGUUCAUCGAAAGGACUUUCAGCUUCUCUGGGACGGUUCCACCGCGGGUCAUGCCGACGGGUCCGCGCCAGCGGCGCGGAUGCGGGUGGUCGCCAGCCGCAAAAAAAAAACUCGGGGAGCCGCGGCGGCCAGUGUAGUC